UCAUUGUUGUCGUUGCUGCUGCUGCUGCUGCUGCUCUUUCUUCUUCCACUUCUCUCUCUCUGUAUCUCUCGCACGCUUUGCAUAUCGCUGUGUCGACUGUCUUUCCAAAUGGUCCGAGGAGCAGCCGUGAAGCAGCGAAGCCUGUUGCGGGAAUACGACGUAGGUCGAGUUUUCCCCAAGGGUUAA